AUGUCUGGUGCAUCAGUAGGGGUAUCAGUAGGGUGCACCAUAGGCAAGAACGCGCCAGUGAUGAGCUGGGCUUUAAGAAUGAAGGUGGCCAUAGGAGCGGCUAAGGGGCUGGCCUACCUGCACGAGGACUGCCAUCCGCGCAUCAUUCAUCGCGACAUCAAGUCGUCCAACAUCCUGCUCGACCAGCAGUACGAGGCUCAGGUGGCGGAUUUCGGACUGGCCAAGCUGGCAACUGAGGGAGCCACUCACGUGUCGACACGUGUCAUGGGGACGUUCGGCUACCUGGCACCAGAGUACGCCAUGAGUGGCAAGCUCACAGACAAGUCGGACGUGUUCUCCUUCGGAGUGGUGCUGCUGGAGCUGGUGACGGGGCGCAAGCCGGUGGACACUACACAGCCCCCGGGCAAAGAGAGCCUUGUGGAAUGGUCCCGCCCGCUGCUAGCCAGCAACCAGGUAGAUGUGCUGGUGGAUGCUCGGCUGGAGGGGCGGUACGAGGAGGAGGAGAUGGAGAGGGCGAUUGCCACCGCUGCGCUGUGUGUGCGGCACUCGGCCAACCUGCGACCCAAGAUGGGGCAGGUAGUUCGGCUGUUGGAGGGGAGUGGCAGUGUGAACGACAUGCGGACGGCAUCAGCACCGGGGCAGAGCACCAUGUUCAACGACCACCCCUUCGGAGGGCCCACUCAGGACUUUGAUUCCGCCAUGUAUUCCGCUGAGAUGCGCCAGCAGUACAUGAUGCCACAUCAGCAGUCGCUGACUCAUCAGUCGCAGUCGCUGACUCAUCAGCAGUCGCUGACUCAUCAGCAGUCGCUGACACAUCAGCAGUCGUUCGAGCAUCAGGAGCAGUUCGGGGGAGAGAGCGGGUACGGUACGGACAGCGGGUUUGAAGGCGGCUACGCCGGUGGUUCGGCGGUUGCAGGAGGUUCGGCGAUGGGAGGUUCGGUGGCGGGAGGUCCGGCGAGUGGGAGGGGGCUCGUGCCUGGAAGCAGCCGGUUUGUGGGCCAGCCGUUGGAAACGCAGUGCAGAUUGCACCAGCAGAAGCAGGGAGCCGUCAGUUGUGACAGUGGAAGCGCGUACCUGCUGGUCUCGCGUCUGUCCUUCCCUCCCUUGUUUGGUUUCUCCCUUGCCCCACUCCUGGUCUCCCCCCUCUUGCAAAUCCCUUCCAUCCCCAAGAGUGCGGGGUUGACCGGCAGAAGCAGAGAGCCUUCGGGGUACCUGGUACUUAUCGUGUCCAUGUCUGGUUUUCCCUCCCUUGCCCCGCUCCUGCUCCCUUUCCAUUGGCAGAUUCCUUCCAACCCCAACAGUGCCGAGUUCACUGACAGAAGCAGAGAGCAGUACUGA